AUGACAAACAAUAAAGAGAUUGAAAUAGAUAUAGAUAAAAUUUCAGAAUCAAUAAUAGAAACACCAAAAACAUUGUUAGGAUUAAUUGAUGUUUUAAGAAUUUAUGACAAAUACAAAGAGAAUGAAUCUAUUAGAAUUGAAUCUUCAUUACAUAGAUGA